AUGUGGGAGAGCGCGGAAUCACCCACCCUGACCCAACUGACUGAAGCGCUGCGGCAAUUGCCUCCCACCGAAGGGUUGGGAACCUCGGUGCCAUCGGUGGCCGGGAUGUUGCGCCGGAUGGAGAAGCAGGGCCUGGUCGACGUCGGCGGCGACAAGCGGAUCCGGAUGACGGACCGGGGCAAGCGAGAGGGAGAGAGCAUCGUCCGCCGUCAUCGUCUGGCGGAGUGGCUGGUGGUGCGACUGUUGGGGAUGGAGCUGCACGAGGCCCACAUUGAGGCUCACCAGUUGGAGCACGGGAUGUCGUCCGCCCUGGUGGCCAAGCUGGUGGACCAACUGGAGAACCCGACGCAUUCACCCUUCGGGUGGCCGAUCCCCGGGAGCGGAGCGCCGGAGGCGACGCCGGGAGCAAUCACAUUGGACAACGCCGCCCUCGGCGUACCGCACGUGGUCGACCGGGUGCCCGAAGAGAAUAGCGAACUGCUGAGGUUUUUGGACAACGUACGGUUGAUGCCAGGACGCCGGAUGACGCUGCUGGAGGCGAUGCCCUACCUAGGGGUAAUGCAGUUGGAGACAGAGGUGGAGCGCUUCUCCAUCGGUUGCGACGUGGCGAGACAGAUUGUGGUACGUCCGAUCGAGGCUGAGUGA